AUGCGUCUUGAUGAUGCAUUAUGGGCAUAUAUGACAGCCUACAAAACACUAUUUGGGAUGUCACCUGACUCACCUUAUCGGAUGCUUUUUGGCAAAAUGUGUCAUCGGCCUGUAAAGCUUGAGCACAAGGCUUUAUGGGCAGUUAACAAGAUAAAUUUCUAUUGGGAUAAAGUUGGGCAAGCAAGGAAGCUAGAGAUCCAAGAAUUUGAGAAAAAUAGGCGAGAGGCCUAUGACAAUGUUGUUUUCUACAAAGAGAAGAUGAAGAAAGCCCAAGAUGCUAUUACACAGAAAGAGCAGUUUGAUUAUGGGCAACAAGUGUUGUACCAGACACACUUCAAAUUUUUCAAAGGGAAGCUGGGGACCUAA